GUUGGGAAAUCAUCGCAACAUGAAGAAAUCCCGGGAGAAGUUUUACGACAUUCUGAUAAAAACGCAACUUACAACACCGUUAUACCUCAGAACGAUAUGGCUCUUCACAUACAGCGACAUGAAGACGAUCAUGUUCCCGCAGAGCAUAUUCGGGGCUAUAACAGCAUACGCUGCUUGUAUGUUUGAGCAGCCUCAUGUUUCCCACGGAAUAGUUGGCUGGCUGCUGGUUCGAUACCCACUAGCUCUGUUCUGGACGUGGUCAAACUUGCUCCCCUUUAAUAUAUUCAACCAACUCAGCGAGGAAGCAAUCGAGGAAGAUCGCAUCAACAAACAUUGGAGGCCGUUGCCUUCUGGUAUGGUUAGCAGAGAGAAGGCCGCAUCUAUCAUGCGGAAGCAUUACAUUUUCGCCAUCAUCGUUAGCAGCUGUAUCGGUGGGCUGCGUCAGACACUUUCGCUCAUCAUCCUGGGUACUUGGUAUAAUGCGGGUGGUGGUGCUGAUAGAAGCUUCAUUGUUCGCAACCUCAUCAACGCGGCCGGGAUUUUGUCGUUCGCGACUGGCGCUAUGGAGGUGGCAUUGGGAACUCGACUGUUACUAACAGGGCCGUCGACCCAGUGGAUGAGCAUUCUGGCCUCUAUCAUUUUCACCACGGUACAGACUCAGGAUCUUUACGAUAUGGAAGGUGACUCGAUCCGAAACCGGAAGACGAUGCCACUUGUCAUUGGAGACACAUGGACACGUUGGUACACAGCCCUUAUGAUCUCGAUAUUUAGUCUCGUAUGUCCUGCAUACUGGUCUAUGAGAUGGUACGGCUUCGUCCUUCCAUUCCUUUUAGGGGUGCUCAUAAGCACUCGGACGCUGAGAUGGCGUACCCCUGAAGCAGACAAAAGAACUUUCCAACUUUGGAAUGCAUGGCUUGUGUCUGUUUAUUUCUUGCCGGUAGUACGAUAUCUAGAUUUGGGCUGCUAGGUGAUGUGAUAGAAUAAUUAUGUCAUCUGCAAAAACUAUAUGGCUGUCGUAAUCUAACUGGGCUAUUUUCUCCAUGCCCCUAUGGUGAAAAGGGGCAGUUUGGGGGUUGUAUUAUAG